CCUUUUCCCAUAAGAAUGGCCUCCCGCCAAUACAUAUCGGUCAGAGGCCUCAAGCAGAUACCAACAACAAUUUCAGCGGACAUGAAUCUCCUCGAUUCAAAAUACUCGCCGGUCCACUUCCAACGGGUCUCCGGAGACGUCCGCACGACUUUCUUCAAAUGCGUACAGUGGCAAGUCGAAGAGACGCUCGACCCCAUCGAUUGCCCAUACCAUUACUACUGCGACAGCACCUACCCCGGCGAUUAUUCCCGGGUUGUCGAUGGCCUCGUUCUCCUCUUUUCAGUCGCUUCUUACCUCGUGACACUGAUCAUCAUGAUACUAGAAGUAUCAGGGAGACGGAAAUCGCGCCUAUGCAAUUGGAAGAGGUACUUGCUUCCGUCCAACCCACUUUCCCUCUCGGCAACGCUGCUGAUCCUUGCCAAAGGCCACCGAAUAAACUCCAUGUUCCCAGUGUCCUGCAUGGGACCUCCGAUAUUCCAUCUCGCGAUCAUAUCUGCCCUGGCGUUUGAUGAAGGUACGAUCGGUGACAUAAAGUAUGUCAUUCUUCAGGCAUCAACGAUCUCCGGGAUUCUGCAUGCGAGUCUAUAUCUGGACUCUGUUCUCUUACCUUACUACACGGGUUUCGACGCUCUAGCUUCUUCGACCUUCUCCCACGAGUGCGAAUCCUGUGUCUGUCGCAGGGAGGUUUUAGUUGUCGGAGGGAUGCUAGUUACCUACAGGGCCUGGUCAAUAACUAGUUUUCUGGUGGUAGGUGCUUUGUGCCUGAGAGCAAUGUGCAAAGUGGGCAGUGAUGUUGGCAAGAUAACGUAUAUGUUGAAAUACUCACUCGAAACAUUAGGUUUAGCGUCGGUAGUGUUGGACUCUCUGUAUUUGCUGAGAAACUCUCCACCAGAAAGGUUUUUGCUCCGAACUACUGCUUCGGGAGCCGAGUUAACCUUAAUUUGUAUAUAUGUGAUAGGAAAGAUAUGUGCUCGCAUUCGGCAAUCGCAAUUGCAGCACGAAAAAUGAGAAGUUUAUCCAAAUUCAAGAAGA